AAUUAAGAACAUGAUCCAAGGGUCAGAAACCGUUUGUGCCACAAAAAGGAGCCACGAAGCCAAAAUCAGAAAGUUAUAAUUUAGGCCAACGAAAUGAAAUCUAUCUUCUUAUCCACUUCAAACCCUAAAAACCAGUAGACUCAUUACUUCCCCAAUGCCAUUACAACUCAUUUGAGUAACAACAAUGGCUGGUUUACUCGGAACUUCUUCUUCUUCUUCUGCAACCUCACUGCUUACCUGUCGUCGAUCCAUCUCUUCUUCUUCCUCCUCCUCAAAGCCGUCAAUUCGUGCUCUCUCUUUUCAUCCAGGGCAGAAUCAGUGUAGGAGGCUUUAUGGAGGCAUUGGAGUUCCAGUAAAGAAAGGAAGGUCUCAUUUUGCAGUAUCAAAUGUUGCCACUGAAAUCACCCCUGCUCAAGAACAGGCUCAGAAACUGUCAAAGGAAAACCAGAGGCCCGUUUAUCCAUUUGCAGCGAUAGUCGGGCAAGACGAGAUGAAACUAUGCCUUCUAUUAAACGUCAUUGAUCCAAAAAUCGGUGGUGUCAUGAUCAUGGGGGACAGAGGAACCGGUAAAUCCACAACCGUUCGAUCGCUUGUGGAUUUACUUCCCGAAAUCACAGUCGUUGCUGCUGACCCGUUCAACUCAGACCCGGAAGACCCAGAAUCAAUGGGGAUGGAAGUACGAGAGAAGUUAAUAAAAGGCGAAACACUUCCAACCGUAAAAACCAAAAUCAACAUGGUUGACCUCCCGUUAGGAGCCACCGAAGACCGCGUUUGCGGAACGAUUGAUAUCGAAAAAGCUCUUACGGAAGGAGUCAAAGCGUUUGAACCCGGCCUUCUUGCUAAAGCAAACCGAGGGAUUUUAUAUGUCGAUGAAGUUAAUCUUUUAGAUGAUCAUUUAGUCGAUGUUCUUCUUGAUUCAGCUGCAUCCGGAUGGAACACGGUUGAACGAGAAGGUAUAUCGAUAUCACACCCGGCCCGUUUCAUUCUUAUCGGGUCGGGUAACCCGGAAGAAGGUGAACUCAGACCACAACUGCUAGAUAGAUUUGGUAUGCAUGCUCAAGUGGGUACAGUUCGUGACGCUGAACUUCGGGUCAAAAUCGUCGAGGAACGAGCCCGUUUCGAUAAAAACCCAAAAGAGUUUCGCGAAACUUACAACACAGAUCAAGGAAAACUUCAAGAACAAAUCACGGCUGCUAGAAGUCGUCUCUCUUCCGUGCAAAUCGAUCACGAACUUCGUGUUAAGAUAUCAAAAGUUUGCGCGGAACUGAACGUUGACGGGUUACGAGGCGACAUCGUUACGAACCGGGCUGCGAAAGCUUUGGCCGCUUUAAAAGGGAGGGAUCAAGUGACAUCCGAAGAUAUCGCUGUUGUGAUUCCAAACUGUUUAAGACACAGGUUAAGGAAGGAUCCAUUGGAGUCGAUCGAUUCAGGGUUACUUGUUAUCGAGAAAUUUUACGAGGUUUUUAGCUGAGCGAUAUUGUUUUGACCGUAUUUGUGAAACUAUGGCUAUAACAGGUUAAAUUAUUUCAAUUAAUCCUUGAUAAAUUUAUAUGAAAUUACAUUUGAAUGGUGCAAAUUUAUAAUCU